GGGGAGAGAGAGGGGAGAGAGGAGAGAGACAGAGAGAGAGAGAGGAGAGACAGAGAGGAGAGUGAGAAGGAGAGUUUGUGGGCUACUAGAAAACAGAGUGCGAGGAGCGGAGAGAAAGGAGAAUUUCGGGAGCGACAAAAGAGACCCUCGCUGCUGGGGAGGUGUCGCCCCUCGCGGACUCUUGGACUCAUGGAGCCCGGGACUCAUGGACCAGAAUCUGGGUCUCUUGGACUAGAAUCUGGAUCUCAGAGACCAGAAUCUGGGUCUCUGAGACCAGAAUCUGGGACCAGUGGACCAGAAUCUGGGACCAGUGGACCAGAAUCUGUGACCCGUGGACCAGGAUCUGGGUCUCUGAGACCAGAAUCUGGGACCAGUGGACCAGAAUCUGCAACUCGUGGACCAGAACCUGGAACUCGUGGACCAGAAUCUGGGACCCGUGGACCAGAAUCUGUGACCCGUGGACCAGGAUCUGUGACCCGUGGACCAGAUUCUGGGACCCGUGGACCAGGAUCUGGAACUCGUGGCCCAGAAUCUGGGACCCGUGGACCAGAAUCUGGAACCCCUGGACCAGAAUCUGGAACUCGUGGCCCAGAAUCUGGGACCCGUGGGCCAGAAUCUGGGACCCGUGGACCAGAAUCUGGGUCUCUGAGACCAGAAUCUGGGACUCGUAGACCAGAAUCUGGGACUGAUGGACCAGGAUCUGUGACUGAUGGACCAGCCCGGGGCAGGAGGAUGAGCGUGGGGUCCCUGCUGGGUCCGCUGCUCGCUCCCAGAGACCCACGGGGAGCCACAGGGGGGGCCCGGGCACAAGGGCCACUCUGCAGGCGCGCCUCCCUGCACGCCGCCUCCGCGCGCCGCGUCUCGUGCCCAGCGGCUGAGCGAGACCGACUCGCCGCUCUCAGUGACGACAACGAUGACGACGACGAUGACGACGAUGACGACGACAACGAUGACGACAACGAUGACGACAACGAUGACGUGGGUAGCCCGGGGGGCCGGCCCAGCUGCAGGCUGCUCGUGCUGGGGGCACGCGGAGUGGGCAAGUCGAGCCUCGCGGCGGCGUUCACGGGAGGGGCCAGGCAACGGGAGGAAGCGGGCGCGUGCACAAGGUGGCGCACGCUGAAAGUCGAUGGCGUGGAGGUGAUGGUGGUGGUUGAAGACACCUGGGCAGAGGGCGACUGCGUGAAGCGGGCGAGUCGGGGCAUGGACGCCUUCCUCCUCGUCUACUCCGUCACGGAGCGCGCCUCCUUCGAGAGGGCCUCCCAGCUGCGCCUCGCGCUCCGGCGAGGCGGAGGAGGAGGAGGAGGCCCGAGCCUGGGGCCCGGCGGGGCGGCGGGGCCCAAGGGGGCGGCGGGGCCCCGCGAGCCGCCCGUCAUCCUGGUGGGGAACAAGAGCGACUUGGUGCGCUCACGGGACGUGUCCGAGGAAGAGGGGCGCGCGUGCGCUGCGGUGUUUGACUGCAAGUUCAUUGAGACAUCGGCCGCUCUGUCCGUCAAUGUCUCGGAGUUAUUCCAGGGAGCUGUGCGCCAGGUUCGCUUGAGGAGCGGACACUCCUCCUCCGCCUCCGCCGCGGCUCCUCGCCUGUCGGGUGUCGCUCGCCACCGCUCGCGAUCGGCCUCCACCGUCGUCACCGCCAGCUCCUCCUCGUCGUCGUCGUCCUCGUCGCGAUGCCGUCGAGAGUCGAUGUCGGAGCGAGCGCGUCGCGUGCUGGGACGCCUCGUCACAGCCACGGCGGCGGCGGCGGCGAGGCCCAGCGGGGCCUUCAAGGCCAAGUCCCGGUCCUGCCACGACCUGUCCGUGUUGUAGCGGGCGGCCCCGCGGAGACAGAGAGGGAGAGAGAGACGUCACCCUCACCGUCACCACGUGACAAAACAUGGCGGCCCUCGACGUCGCUCUGUCCCCAGAGACGCCAUUGAGAUCCCCCAACCACAGAGACCCACAAACACAGAGACCCACAAACACACAGAGACCCACAAACACAGAGACCCCCACUCACA